AUGAAGAUCAAAGCCAACAACAUCGACAUCGAAAUCGAAGACACCCACCCCGGCGACAGCACAGGCCGGCCCGUGGUGCUGCUCAUCAUGGGCCUGGGCAUGCAGCUCAUCGCCUGGCCGCCGGCCAUGGUGCAGGCGAUCGCCGAUGCGGGGUUUCGGGUGCUGCGCCUGGACAACCGCGACAUCGGCCUGUCGCAGCACUUCGACCACCUGGGCACGCCCAGCCUGCUCUGGGAAGGCCUCAAGUUCCGCCUGGGCUGGCGCAUACGCCCGCCCUACAGCCUCGAAGACAUGGCCGCCGACACCCUGGGUGUGCUGGACGCGCUCAACAUCGCCAAGGCGCAUGUGGUGGGUGUCAGCAUGGGCGGCAUGGUGGCGCAGCGCCUGGCGGUACUCGCACCUUCGCGGCUGCUCAGCCUGUCCAGCAUCAUGAGUUCCAGCGGCGCGCGCGGCCUGCCCGAAGCCAGCCCGGCCGUGACCCGUAUAUUGCUGAGCCGGCCCGCCGGCAAGGGCGUGCAGGCCGCCGUGGACCACACCGCCAGGCUGCUGAAAGCCAUCGGCAGCCCCGGUUUUCCCACGCCCGACGCCGAGCUGCGCCAGAAAGUUGCCGCGGCGGCGCAGCGCAGCUUCCACCCGCAGGGCGUCGUGCGCCAGAUGGUGGCGAUUGCCGCCGACAGCACGCGCGCCGCGGCGCUGGCCAGGGUGACGGCGCCCACGCUGGUGCUGCAUGGCCGCGCCGACCCGCUGGUGCCCAUGGCCUGCGGCGAGGAUACGGCCAGGCGCAUUCCGGGUGCGCGUUUUGAAAGCAUUGAAGGCAUGGGCCAUGAUUUACCGCCCGGUGUGGUGGAGCGCCUGCUUGCGCUCUUGAUUCCCCAUUUCAAGGCCGCAGCCACUACGUAA